UCGAAAACUCUUCAGCAAGUACUAAUACUAACAUGGGACUGUUUAAAUUGUUUGUGGAAGCAGUUUUUGCGUGGUUACUAUGCGGACUGCCCGGUGUAAUGAGCGGUACGCAAUGGGACGGGAGGUGGUACAAUUCGAGCUCCCCGAGUGCGGCCAAUAAUUUCACGGACUUGGAGCUUUCCCCAGGAAGCGGCGCCCUGGCGUCCGUGUGUGACACGAGUGACGGCUCCAAACUGACCGCCCGCUGCAAGGACGAGAAAGGGGAACCAUUCUACGGCUUUCUCAACGAUACGAUACGCAUGUUCACUGCCACGUGCGACCCAAUUCAAGGGUUAAAAUGCACUCCCAUGCCUGGCUACAAUUUGUCUUGUCCCGACUUUGCAAUACAGUUCGGGUGUAACCUAAAGACCACAACUUCGGCACCAACAAUGUCCACUGGUAGUGGGACAAAUGGAAUUGGAACAAUCGGGGAUGGAACUUUUUCAAAUGCUACUGGAACGUAUGGCAUUGGAUAUACCGUUACUGCAACUAACGGAAUGGGACAAACUGGAACCGGCAGUGGAAAUAAAGGAUACAGUUCUCUUGGGUAUGGAGGUAAUGGUGGUGGAAUAUCGGGAAGUGGAAGCACAGGAAGUGGUUCAUCGUCGGGAAGUGGACGCACAGUAAGUGGUUCAUCGUCAGGAAGUGGAAGCACAGAAAGUGGUUCAUCGUCGGGAAGUGGAAGCACAGGAAGUGGUUCAUCGUCGGGAAGUGGAAGCACAGGAAGUGGUUCAUCGUCGGGAAGUGGAAGCACAGGAAGUAAUUCAUCGUCGGGAAGUGAAAGCACAGAAAGUGGUUCAUCGUCGGGAAGUAGAAGCACAGUAAGUGGUUCAUCGUCGGGAAGUGGAAGCACAGGAAGUGGUUCAUCGAGUGGCCUAAACGGAAGUGCCUCCCAAAACAACUCCAGCUGUUGUUCACCGGCGGGUCGCAUGUUCAUCUUGCUCGCGUUGGCAUCGUGCAUGCUGAUUUAAUAGCAUGUGUAUGUAAAAUCAUAAAACUUAUGACGUCAAGGUUAUAACUUAGAAUGACAUAAUGAUGGCAUUUCAUCAGUCUUUCAUAUUUAAAAAGAUAAAUAAUAUUAUUAAAAUCUGUAAAUUUAGUUGUUUCAAUUUCAGUUUAUUGCACGAUUCUUGCAUUUAAGCAUAUAACAUAUCCUAUAUAUACAUUGGAUAAUACUUAAAACGCUUGAUUUGCCAUGCGCAAAGAAAGCAAUGCAAUAAAACUUAUUUUCUGUACCAGUCUUAUCGCUUUAUAGUUAAUAAGACUCUUUGUGUAUCAGUUUUUGUUAUAACCGUGAUCGAAUGAAUUUUGUUUUUGU